AGAGAGAGAGAGAGAGAGAGAGAGAGAGAGAGAGAGAGAGAGAGAGAGAGAGAGAGAGAGAGAUUAAUAUUAAAUUAUAUAUAAGCAGCUUCUUUGGGAGUCUAUCUGGAUCAAUACAUCAGUGCCCCCCACCCCGCUUUGUAUGUAUUUAAGCUACCCCAACUCCCAACAACAUAUAUACAUUUACAAACCCCACAAACACACCCUCCUCCCCCUCUCUCUCUCCCUCUUUCUUUCUCUCUCUCAGCAACACCCCAGAGGUGAGACAAUGAAGCACAGCGUCCGUUAUGGUGUUCCUUUAAUCUUCAUGCUUUCCCUUAUUGUCUUUUCACAUACAUCUGCGCGUUUCUUGCACACCAAACCAGGUGAAAAGAUGGUGGAACACGAUGAAUCGAUCAACAGCAGUGAGGGAUCUCUUGUUGAGUUCGACACCAUCAACUCCAUGAAUGAGCUUAUGGGCAUGGAGAACUGUGGAAGUGGAGACGAAGAGUGUUUGAAGAGAAGAGUUCUUGCUGAGGCUCACCUGGACUACAUUUACACCCAGCAUCGCAAACCUUGAAAUAUAUAAGUCGUAUUUCACCUUCUCGAUCUAUAUAACUUUUUCUUUCUCACUGUAACAUAUAUGUCUUAAAAGGAGAAUCUAGAUGGAGGAAUAGCAAAAAUCAUAUACUCACUGGGAGUCCGAGUGUAAACCUUGUAAUUUUAACUAUAUCAACACUAAUUCUAAAUAACAUAUUAUAUAAUAUGCGUUCAUGAGCAUCUGUAUCUAUAUAUUCUCUUAUAUGUUGGUGGGUGGUAUAUGACCCCAACUAGUUUCAGGUAAUCUAAAGGUCAUACUCAUAAGUUAAAAAUUAAAUUAAAUUAAAUUAAAUUAAAUUGUACAUAUGUUUUAUAUAUUAAGGAAGUUAUGAGACAGUUGGACGUCAGUG